CGGUGGAGUAGGGGACAGCCAGAGGCACGCCGAGGGCAGCAGAGGAGGAUGGAGGCCAACAUGAACCUCCUGCACGACCUGGGCAUCCAGACCACACACUGGCUGCAGCAGCGCUUCCAGGGCUCCCAGGACUGGUUCCUCUUCAUCUCCUAUGCUGCUGAUCUCAGGAAUGCUUUUUUUGUCCUCUUCCCCAUCUGGUUCCACUUCAGUGAAGCAGUGGGCAUCAGGCUCAUCUGGGUGGCUGUGAUCGGAGACUGGCUCAACCUCGUCUUCAAGUGGAUCCUCUUUGGGGAGAGGCCAUACUGGUGGGUCCUUGACACAGACUAUUACGGCAACAGCUCUGCACCAGAGAUCCAGCAGUUCCCUCUCACCUGCGAGACUGGCCCUGGGAGCCCAUCUGGCCAUGCCAUGGGUGCAGCAGGCGUCUACUACGUCAUGGUGACGGCCCUCCUCUCUGCUGCUGGGGGAGAGAAGCAGUCAAGGACACUGGGAUACUGGGUGCUGUGGACAGUGCUUUGGAUUGGGUUCUGGGCAGUUCAGGUCUGUGUCUGCAUGUCCCGAGUCUUCAUUGCCGCUCACUUCCCCCACCAGGUGAUUGCAGGGGUUUUCUCAGGGAUGGCUGUGGCCAAGACCUUCCAGCAUGUCCGCUGCAUCUACCAUGCCAGCUUCCUUCGCUACCUGGGCAUCACCCUCUUCCUCUUCAGCUUCACCCUGGGUUUCUACCUGCUGCUCUGGACAUUCGGCGUGGACCUGCUCUGGACGCUGGAGAAGGCACAGAAGUGGUGCAGCAACCCCGAGUGGGUCCACAUUGACACCACUCCCUUUGCCAGCCUCCUCCGUAACCUGGGCAUCCUCUUCGGGCUGGGGCUGGCCCUCAACUCCCACCUGUACCAGGAGAGCUCCCGGUUAAAGCAGGGCCAGCAGCUGCCCUUCCGCCUGGGCUGCAUCGCUGCCUCCCUCCUCAUCCUCCACGUCUUCGAUGCCUUCAAGCCGCCCUCCCACAUGCAGCUGCUCUUCUACGCCCUCUCCUUCUGCAAGAGCGCGGCCGUGCCGCUGGCCACCGUCGGCCUCAUCCCCUACUGCCUCUCCCAGCUCCUGGCCACACAGCACAAAAAGGCUGCCUAAGGCAGGCAGGAACCCCAGGGGUGUCUCAGGGGCAGCUACCAGGCCCUGGGUGCACCUCAGCACCGGAUCUGCACGGGCUGAUUCUGCCCUGGGAGCUGACCGUGGAGGUGGGCCGGCGGUGCUGCUGGCUGGCUCCCGCCAUACGGACCCACAGAGCCAGUCCCGCUGGGCUGGGGCUGGCUGAUGGCACAGAGAGCCCUGCAUGCCCACGACUCCCCUGCCGUCCCUCCUGCACCCACAGGUGGGGUUCACCUGCCCAGGACCCAGCAGCAGCUGAGGGAGGUCCUGCACUCCCUUGCAGCUCGUGGGGACAGGCCACCUCCGUGCUGCAGGGCUGGGGACAGCACCACUGGCAGCAGGGCUCUCACCUCAGGGCGUCUGGGGUCUGCUGAAGAGGCAGCUCUGUGACAGGAAGGGACAGACUGUGAUGUGGAGAUAAGUGCCAGUGUGGGGGACACCCAGGCCUGGGACGUUUGGUGUCCACCUCUGUGAUCAGUGUGGGGGACACGCAUGCCCACGUGUGCACAUGUGUGACAUGGAUCUGUGCACACAUCACAUCACAGGGGGGCUGGGGCUGGGCACAGGAGGUGUUUUAUUAAAGCUGAAGGUUGUUUAGCUGGCGAGUUUGAGUCUCCUGCUGGCCAGCACCGUGGGAUGGGGGAUCAGCUCCUGGACGCAGGGCUGUGCCAUGGCCUGCAGAUGGUAGAGGAAGGACAUUUCUCCUGGGGGCUGAAGACCCUCAACAGCUGCAAGACAUGUUCAAGCCAAUAGGAAGGGCAGUGCCCAGUGCCCUGGGUCUUCACCUUUUGCCCUGAGGUGCAGCUGAACACCGACAGCACAGUGGAGGCAAUGAGCUGCUUUUUUUGUGCUGUUCAUCCAAGGUUUCUGGGUGCACUUUGUGCCAGGAACAGGGACAAACUUGUGUCACCUCAUUGCUUACAGAAACGAGCUCAGCUUUGGGACCAACUGGCUCAGCUGGGGCCGUGCUGAGCCCCCAGGGUGUUGGGGACAGAACUGGCAUUUUGCCAUGGUGUGGGGUUGGGGUCAUGCCUUUCUCACCUCAGUACCCCAGCCCAGUGCUCACUCGGGAAGUCCUGUGGGCUCAACCUGCUGCCCUCCAAGCUGUGCAGCUGUACAGCCCAGCUAUUAACCUUCUCAGGAAACAUCCUCACUCGGUCUGAGAUAGUCCAAAACACACAGAGAAGUGCAGAUACUUCCUGCCAGACUCUGUGUGCAUGUGUAGGAUCGCUCCCAAAGCACCAGCCCCUGCAGCUCUGACCCCACACGCAGUCCCAGGCCUCAGUGGUGGUCCCUCUGUUCUGGUGCCAUUCCAACAGCUCAGCCAAGGCUGUGGGCAUGCAGCAGUCACAGCAGCCAUGGCUGGGAACUCGAUUUGCUGGGGCUGCUCCCAUCCCUAUGUUCAUGACAGAUAAACUUCCUUAGGGUGGAGGUUUCUUUUA